ACAAUCCACAACCGCAAACUACGUCGGUGCUUCCAACGGGUCGGGUGGACUUCCUCGAAACUUUCCGUAAGCUACAGUCGGGAAGAUGCUCGAAGCUUUCCGGAUACUCUUCAUUCUCAUCUUGGCAUGGCCCGCAGAUGUCGAAUGUAUCGAGGUAAAUGUGGUCAUCACGCCGGGAGACUUACGGUCUGGAGCGAGCGGCCACAUCCGCGAGAUAGGACUCUUCAUUCAUGGUCUCUCGGAGGACCAGAUCGUCCGGACGAACGUUGAAAUUUUCGAAGAUCCGUCGCGGACUAAGCUUUCGACUGCUUUUCCUCUUGCGAGCAAGAUUGCCGAGAGACUCGAAGGGUCUGUCAGAGUGCUCAGUGGACUUAGCCUGAAGCCAUUCAACUUCAGACGGGACGCAGCUCUUUCGGGGUGUCUAGGUUUCUACGUAGAUGUCUCAUUGGAGACAAAUGAUUCAUCGUCUAAUCUGGCGUCGAACUGUCUCAGAGUCCACACGCACUGGAUGGAAGAGCAAGUUGACGAAAUCGGAUCCUUACCUUUCGUGAGCGUGUCCUUCCCCGGUACCCACGACGCUGGUUCCUACAAGAGAGCUGAUCUGGUGAAAACAUUCUUGGAUUACUACUUCUACUCCCAAGAGGAAGACAUUUUCAGCCAACUGAUGCUUGGCGCGAGAUUUUUCGAUCUGCGCAUAGGCUUCACUCCCGAUCAGGGUGAAAAUCCUUCAGAUUGGUUCCACAUCGUUCAUUCGUACUUCAUCACGUCAAACAGAGUCAAAACUGUAUUCGAGGACGUCAGAGACUUCUUGAAGCUCUAUCCAAACGAAAUAGUUCUGCUGGAUAUGCAUCGGUUUCCCGUGGGAAAUUGGGAUGAUGAAACAUUCACGCUCUUCGCUGAACUCAUUGAAACAGAACUCGGACCUUGGAUAAUUCGCGUCGAUCCCUCGGUGAGAAGCCUCGAGGAGGUCCUAGCAACCGGACGUCGCGUGCUCAUCACUUGCAAUGACGACUCCUUCCUAUCUGAUCUGUAUUUCAAGGGUGUGGUGAAUGUUUGGGCCAAUACCGACGAGGUCACCCAGCUCCAUCAAUAUUUCGAAGGAAAUCUACCUCGGCAUUUCCGAGGAAACCGGCUCUACUCGGCAAUGGCGGAGUUGACCCCGCAAGGGAUUCUGCCAUUCAUAUUCGAUACCUACGGCGGGGGUCUUCGCGGCAUGGCAGAUAGGCACAACUUCGAAACGAUGCUGUGGUUCAGGCACGAUCGCGAUCUGCGUUCAAACACGACGAUCAUCGCGAUGGAUUUCUUCGCGAGCACCGACAUCGUCGAGAUUUCCAAGCGUAUCAAUCUUGAGAGAGCGAAGGCUCAACUGACCGGAAGAGCACGCGGAGCCGUGUAGAAUAAUUCGGUCAGGAGCUAUGAUAAGAUUCCCUAGCAAGAAGUAGUGGGCGCCCAAGGCUCGAUGCGGAAGCCGUCGUGGCGCUCGAUCGCGUUUGUGAAGGACUCCGUCCAUUGUUUAUUCCGGGCCGUGAA